AUGAAGCGGUCGUCGUUGCUAGUGUGCUGCGGCAUAACUCUGUUGUACCUGUCGGACAGGCUGGACUCCAGGACCGUGGCACCGAUCGUUUACCUUACCACGGCCAUACCCAGCGUCGCCGAUCCGAACGGAUAUUACGACGAAGGAGACGUCGGCGGUCGGUCCGGGACGUAUUAUGACGGUGCAGGCGUCGGUGCAGGUGGUCAAUCCGGAUACUACGGCGGGGGCGCCGGUGGAAAAGCCGGAUACUACGGCGGGGCAGCGGCGGUCAUCAACCCGGAUAUUACGGCGGCAGUGGCGGUCAACAAACCGGAUAUUACGGCGGCAGUGGCGGUCAAUCCAGAAGUUACGGCGGCGUCGGGCCGACCGGACAUUACGGCGGGAGAUCGCCGACAGCGGCCGCCACCACGUACGGAAGUUACGGGCACAGGACCAUGCCGGAGUCGGCCGUCAGGGGCGUGA